CCGAAGCAGAUCCACGAGAUUAAGGACUUCCUCCUCACUGCGAGGCGGAAGGAUGCCCGCUCCGUGAAGAUCAAGAAGACCGGAGACGUGGUGAAGUUCAAGGUGCGGUGCUCCAAGUACCUCUACACGCUCUGCGUCACGGACAGCGACAAGGCGGACAAGCUCAAGCAGUCGCUGCCCCCUG